UCUACGCACAAGAUAGACCUUCACCUGCUUUAGAGGAUAUGCUGCAGAGGCUAAAGCGUUCACUGUCCUUCAAGACCAAGAGUCUUCGCAGCAAAAGUGCCGAUAAUUUUUUCCAACGGCCCAUCGAGGAUGUGAAGUUUCAAACCGAUCUGCUCUCGGAUGUCAGCAGCAGCACAGGUCAUCUGAGCAUCAUCGGUGUGUCUGUCUCAGCCUCUCCAGCGAUGUCCCUUCCUCCACCACCCCCUCCACUGCCCACCAUCAUCCCGGGCAACCUGCCCAUCACAAUCUGUUCUCCAUCCCGCGCCCCCCGCCCGGCAGACCCCAACGCACACACCUUUCUAGAGCACAUCUUCAAGAAGCCCCAUUUUUGUGAUGUCUGCAACCACAUGAUUGUAGCUUGCCAAGGGGGAGCAGGCAAGGUGUUCGGCACAAAUGCUAAGCUGGGCCUCCGGUGCAAAGCCUGCAAGAUGGGCAUCCACAACAAGUGCCUGGAUCGAGUUGGACAGCAGAGAUGCAUGGGGAAAUUGCCCAAAGGUUUUCGGAGAUACUCUAGCUCCCCUCUGCUGAUUCAGGAACAGUUUGGCUGCAUUAGGGAGGUUAUGCCUAUUGCCUGUGGCAGUAAAGUUGACCCGGUGUAUGAGACUCUGAGAUUUGGAACCUCUCUGGCACAAAAGACCAAGCGGACCAGUGGAUCGGAGUCCCCACAGAGAAACUCUUCCAGUGAUGUGGUUCAGGUACCAGAAGAAAAGGCGGCCCACAGCAGUCGAGCUCAACUCACCAGGAAACCCAGUGACAACGUUUUUACGCCCCUGGAGAAUGGAACCGAACAUUUUCAUAUUGUUGAAAGGAAAUCAGAAGAAUCACCUAAGAUAAACUAUGUCUGUUACAAAUUCAUUGAGGCUUUUCGAAAGAUCUGCCUUCAACGUGCAGUGAGAUAUCGAGACAUCAUACUGCACAAGCUCUUCCCUGCUGCUGCUGAGAGUUCUCCAUAUGAGGCCAUUCAUGAGAUGCUACAAGCAGUCACCUCCCAUGACAAUGAGGAUGAUUGUAAUCCUUCCAAGGUGAGUCUGAAGAACUAA